CCUCCACCUGCUCUGUCUUUCCUAUCAUCUGUCUUAUUUGGGAUUGCUGGUAUCCUGUGUGUAGGCUGUGAGAGUAACUUGGUCCCCUGAGUGAAGUCUAGAUAUGGCCUCCACAGCUAGUAACACCAGCAAGGUUGAGAAAACCGUGUCUCUUAUAUGGGGGUGUGAGCUGAGUGAGCAGAAUAAGACAUUUGAGUUUAAAGUGUCAGAUGAAGGCAAGACUGAGCAUCAGCUGGCCCUGAGAACGAUAUGCCUGGGUGAUAAGGUGAAGGAUGAGUUUCAUAUAGUAGAAAUAGUUCCUCCUGAACAAGAAGGAAGUGAUGCAAAACCCGUUCCAAUUGCCACCCUCAAGCCAUCUAUUCUCCCUAUGGCUACUAUGGUUGGCAUUGAAUUGGCUCCUCCAGUCACUUUCCGGCUGAAAUGUGGUUCUGGGCCAGUGUUUAUCAGCGGUCAGCACGUUGCAUUGGAGGACGAUUAUUCCUGGGCUGAAGAAGAAGUUGAAGAAGAGGUGGAGGAAGAGGAGGAUGAAGAUCCAGAGUCUCCACCAAAAGCUGUAAAAAGACCAGCAGCCUCCAAGAAAGCUGGCCAGGCAAAGAAGAAGAAGAUGGAUGAAGAGAGCUCUGAGGAGGACAGUCCUGUGAAAAAGGGUAAAGGAGCAGGACGGGGGAGGAAACCAGCUGCCAAGAAAUAGAUACAUGGACUGCCUUCACUUGCCAUAUGGCCUACAACCUAGCUGUACAAGGACCUAUCCAGACUCUCUUCUCCUUGCUGCUAUUAGGCUUCCCUGUGACCUGUUCUCUCUGUCCCACCUGAUGCAUCUGCACCACCUGGAAUGUGUUCCACUUGUGGAGGAACAGGAGGAUGGAAAUUCUCUGUAGUUCAAUGUGAAUAACAUGACACUGUCUGGAAAUUUUGUGAAAUAAAAUCCCUUGUCAAUGGGAAGUGAGA